GCCUCAGCUCAACCCAACUCGAAGUAGCCUGCCCAGCCUGCCGAUCAUCGACGACAACGAUAAGCUAGCGCGUCCGAGCUGCUCUCGCGCGGAGGGAAGUUCUCUUGGGACACGCAGUGUGUCCGGCACGGACAAGCAGAGAGUGUGCGAGUUGACGUGUGCGCGAGAGACUUGAUCUCGAAACAGAGAGGGAGAGAGGGGACACCCGAUUUGUUGAUGUAAGUGCACCACGGAUAAGUGACAGGCUGGAGUGGACUUCAACUCACCGCGGAGCCAAAGUGCUGCACUCUCAGCGCCCAUGGAGUAUAGAUGAACCGUCCUAUCCAAGUGAAACCGGCGGACAGUGAAAACCGCGGAGAGCACAUGAUGGACAACGGGAGCGCCAGCGCCAUCUUCUGGAAGUAGGAGGCGCCGUCGCUAAGACAGAAAGCUGUUCGUGGGCAUGCUCAGCAAGCAACAGACUGAAGAGGAUGUACGUCAGUUGUUCAAUCCGUUUGGCACAAUAGAGGAGUGUACCAUACUUCGAGGUCCUGACGGGACCAGCAGAGGUUGCGCAUUCGUGAAAUUCUCAGCACACCAAGAAGCACAGAGUGCGAUCACCUCACUGCAUGGAAGUCAAACUAUGCCGGGCGCCUCGUCCAGCCUCGUAGUCAAGUACGCAGACACUGAGAAAGAGAGACAGUUAAGACGCAUGCAGCAAAUGGCCGGGAACAUGAGCCUCAUCAGCCCUUUCGUAUUCAAUCAGUUUGGACCCUACGGCGCCGCUUACGCGCAGCAGCAGGCGGCACUCAUGGCAGCCGCGACCGCCCAGGGACCGUACAUCAGCCCGAUCACGGCCCUAGCCGCUGCCGGACAGAUGCCCCACGCGCUCAACGGCAUGCCCAAUGCGGUCGUGCCACCCACGUCUGGUGCAAGCGCAGGUCAAGCGGUUAACGGCGCACUGCCGUCGCUGCCGUCGCCGACGAUGCCCAAUUUCAACAUGGCCGCACAGACACCGAAUGGACAGCCAGCUGCAUCCGACCCGGCCGUCUACACGAACGGCAUACCGCAAACGUAUCCAGGGCAUGCCCUUCAUCUGUCCAUUCCAGCACAAGGUCUACCCAACGGGGAGGCGGCACUGCAACACGCCGCCGCGUAUCCAGGCAUGCAGGUCUAUCCCGGUGCCGCUUAUCCCGCCGUCUACGGCCAGUUUCCUCAGGCCAUACCACAGCCGAUGGCCGCGGUUGCGCCCCAGCAGAGGGAAGGAUGCUCUAUGUCAGGACCCGAAGGCUGCAACCUCUUCAUCUACCACCUUCCCCAAGAGUUCGGCGACGCUGAACUUAUGCAGAUGUUCAUCCCGUUCGGCAAUGUCAUCUCAUCCAAGGUCUUCAUUGACCGUGCCACCAAUCAGAGCAAAUGCUUCGGUUUCGUCUCAUUCGACAACCAAGCCUGCGCUCAGGCGGCGAUCCAAGCGAUGAACGGCUUUCAGAUUGGCAUGAAACGGUUAAAAGUCCAACUGAAGAGGCCCAAAGACGCCAGCAGGCCGUACUAACCCACGUCCCAGUCUAAACAAACUGGCCGGCUUGCGCCCUACGUUAUUACUUAUAAAAUAUCGCACGAAAACGCGAGUCCACUGGAUACUCGAGCAUACUGAGUGAAGAGUUUUUGAACCACCGCUACAACGCUUUCAACCAUAAAAAAUUAUAGUAUACUAGUUAGUUAAUUCUUUAGGGUUAAAACAGGAAAAAGGGAUUUUAAACAAAACAACAAAAAAAAAACCAAAAAAAUAUUGAACGUAGAAGAUACGACGAGUCAUCGCAAGUGGAGCUUUGUUAAGCAUCAAAUGGCCCCCCAGCGAUGAAGAAAGUUUCGUAUAACUAGCACACGUCAGUGCGACGUUUUUUCUUCGUGAAUCGCAGAAGAAGAUUGAAAUGGAAAGCCGUGAUUCAGGCGAAACCGGUGUAUCGUAGGAAGAGGCUAAAGGUUUGCAGUUAUAAACACGAGCGUCGAACGGAGUUUUAACUUGCUCUUGCGUUCGAAUGCGCCGCUAGUCAAAAUACUUAAUAAUAAUAAUAAUAAUUAAAAAUAUUGUGCAACAAAAAAAUGAGAGAGAAUGGGGAAAGGUGAGCAAACAAUUGAAAUUCUCUCGUCCGUACCGUCAAUGAGGUUCUCGUCUAGUCGUACGGGUAUAUAAAUAUACAUAAAUAUAUUUUAACAAAGACGCGUGUUCAUACGCAUAAAAUAGGAGAAAAAAAGCACGUGCAGGAGCGUUUUUUCUCAUCACACUAACACACAAACACUCACAGUAGAUUAUAUACAUGCGUAAAGCAGUGGAACAAGAUAAACAGAAGUAAGAAACGUCCCAACGGGAAGAUGAAGCUUUUUCUCUCCCGCAAAACCCUUUUAUCAUAUGUAUGCAUAUACUCUGCUGUAAGUAAAACUUGUCGGAAACUCGCAUUUUGCGCUCUUGUCGCGCGAUUGCAAAAACACUUGUUCUUUUUUUCUUUUUUCUUUUUGUCAGCGAUAAAAAAAGCCGCUCGACGAAGCCUAUUAUACAUAAAUAUAGCGGUAAAACGCGAUGAAUUAUAUAUAUUGAGAAGUCCCCUCGCGCGCACGCGCUGCGCAAACAAGACUAUAUAUUAUUAUUAUUAUUAUGCGAAUACUCGAAAUAACGCUGAAAAAAAAGAUGAAAAGUAAGAUUAUAUAGGCUCUUAAAGAAGACCAGCUUGUAAGAAAGCGCGAAUGAUUAUAUAAAAGUCAAAGUUGACUGAAUCGUGCUCUCUUAUCAGUCGUGUCAUCGAAAAAAAAUACAGGGGACUAUAUGCGUCGUUAUUGCGCAGACGUACUUAGUAGUUAAAUUACGUUAAUUGAAUAAAAAAUAAAUAUAUUAUGAUAAUUAAUUAAACAGAAAAAAAAAUUACUAGAUAUACCGAUUAAAAGAACAAUGAUGAUAAUUAAUGAAGCCACGCCAAUUCUAGUCACAUUAGUCACGGCGGAUCAAAGUCAUAAAGAAAAGGUAGAGAGAAAAAAAGAUAACCAAAGAUGUCGCGAAAAAUAAACCGCGACGCGGCAAAUUAUGGUCGCAUUCAUAUACUUACGGGGUCUCACGCAUGCCAGCAUUUUUAGGUUAUACAUAUUAUAAAUAAACACACGCAUGAACAAACAAACAAAAAUUAUAGAUAUAUAUUUAAAAAAAUUAUACUGUGCGCGACAUGAACAUGCAAGAUAGAGGUAGUGAAGAAAAUAAACUAUGAAAAUACGCAAGUAGAUUUUUUAAAAAAUAAAUUUUUGUCGAGGAACAGAAGAGGGGCGGAUGCUCUUAUAUUGAAGAUAUUACAGGAUCUUCAUUAUAUCGAUGCCCGCGAAAUCGCAGCUCCUUAAAAAUACACGCAGGCCAUAUGUAAUAUUCGUGACACGACCGAAUCUUUUCUUAUUCUCGCUUCGGCUAUUGAUGAGAACCAAAAGCACUAUAUACUAUAUAAUAUAGAAUUCAAUUGAACAGAAUUAAAAAACAAAGAACUGGUAACCACUUUUUUGUCGUUCUGUACCGACCAAAGAAAUUAAAUGGCAGUGCGAAUUUAGAUUUGUACGGAUCGUAAUAAACGUAUAAACGGAUUUUUCACGGCUAUCGGUUUUAACUCGCAUGACGUAUGUAAAUGAAAAAAAAAAUGCCAAAUGGGCUGUGAUUUGAAGCACACGAAAGGAUAACAAGAAUGCGCAAAGUGUUUACUUGAAAUGCUAGAGAUAUUGAACAAAUUGAGUCACGAAUAUCGUACGUAUCGUAUGGGACAAUUAUGCUUUAUAAUUAAAAGCAAACACACUUAAAAUUUGUCCUAAAGAUUCGAUGCCAGCAAAAAAUUAUAUUUAAAUUUUGUAAUUCUUUUAUCGUUCAGUAUACAAGAAAGAAAAAGAAGGUAGCCUUCAGUAUAGCUUUCAUAUAAAAUACACCAAUAGUUUGAGUGUAAGAACAUUCUGCAACUUUACAACGUAUAACUUAUAUAUUACACGAUCUUAUGACUAAUUACUACAACUGUAUGUUAAAGAAAAAGUCUCUAGCAAUCAAGUGCACGCAAUGUCAUAGAUAGCCAUCAAAUGUGUGAGAAAAGUGACAUAAAAAGUGAGUAAGUGCAAUGCCGACACAGGCAACGUGGGUGGAACUACGACGGGGAAAGAAAAUUAAAAUUGGUUCAAGGUUUCUUGGACUAUGACGUUUGAGAGAGAAACAAAUAUAACGAAGUCGAUGAGAAAAGAGAAAUCGCGCGCGAAAAUAUUGUAAUAACCGAAUAGGAUUUUUAGUCAUUUUUAACUUUUCUUUUCGCGAAGAUACUUAGACGAAUGAGAGAGCGAUUGUGGAGAAUCAACCAAAGUACCAAUUACUAAUAUUAUUACUAUGAUUAUUAUUAUGACGAUUAUUAUGAUUAUUAUCAUUGAAAGACCUAUAUUAUAUAAAUAUAUAAAACUAUAUAUUAUAAAAUGCAUAUACAAAACAAAAAAAAAUUAAUAUAUAUUGAUGAUCCUCGAGACAACUAGCGACUUAGUAAAUUAUUCUAGCUUUAACAGAAUUCAAAUAAAUUAAUUUAUUAGUUGACGAAGGGUAGAUCUGCGAUAUCGUAUUAUCGAAAGCGGACCGCUUUGUUAGUCGACCUUGAGGCUGCGAAUUUAUAUUAUACAAUUUUACGCACUUCAUAUCUUGUAUUUUUUUUACUUUGAGAAUUUUCUUUUUUGGUUUGCUCAUUGAACGUACAAUGAAUUAUCUAGUCAAUUUUUUAUUUUUAUUAAGUUUUACUUGUUUUUUUUUUUCAACAAAUAUGGAAUGAAAGUGCCAAUGUUAAUGGGUUCUAUCGUACGAGAAGCAGUUGUGAUGCCGUAUAUAUUAAAGAUUUUACCAUUUGUUUUUUCGCAGCCUUGAAAACGAAAAAAAGGAUAUUUGAAAAGUGCAAGUAUAGCUUAAUUGCGUUGGAAAUGUUAACGAUUGAUUGAUUAACAAUUAUAACUGAUAUUAUCGGUCAUACUUAUGACAUUAUUAAUAUAAACAUUAAAUAAACGAUAACUUAUAAGAUAAUUAUUAUAAUUAAAUGAAGGAACAAGUGACGGCAAGGAAAUUCAAACAAGUAAUUUGAAUGCAUCCAAAAAUGGCAAAAAAUAUUCUUUUUGCGAAAGCUGCAGCAUACUUCGUAGACGCGCAUAUUCUUAUCAUUUCGAUAGGAAAAAAUUAUUUCUAACGAGCGGAGAGGCAAAACUGUUAGCUAUCAUUAUAACAUGACAAAGACGAGGAAUUUUCACAGAAAAAUGCUACUGAUGCGAGAGAAUGUACGGAUUGAAUAUUCCCCAGUGGCAAAUCACGCUGCUGAUUCAGACAUUUUGAAUCAGCUUUAAAUGACAAAAAAACAAAACAAAGAAUUUACCGUAGGGAUUAUUGCGUGAACUUAUAUAAAAUCUUACAACCGUACUUUUACAACCAAACCAUACUCAUGAUAUUUUCUGCAUGCGAAACAAGUCUUUUAUAUACAUCAGAUACGAUAUAUAUAUUUUAUCCGAACGAAGCACGAACUCUUUUUGUUGAGCGGAGAGAAGAAGGCUGUAAAUGAAAUUUUUAAUAAAGGAACAUCAUAUUUCGUUGAAAAAAAACAACCAACACGCAUUUAUGACAAUAUUUAUUUUAUAACAUCCCUUUUAUCUCGUAAAUCAGUAGUAUUUUUCCAUCACGACGUAUAGAGUUAUAUUUUAGAGAAAUGCGAUCUUUUAACCAUAAAAAAUUUGGUUUUUUGGAGGAUGUGAGAUGCAAUGAUGCAAUACAAAGUGCUUGCGUGCUCGCGUGCUUGCGUGAAUCCCUACUCCGCUCCAAAAAAAAGUAUUCCCACUGGUUUCCCCGAGAGCAGCAGAAAAAAAUCUAUAAAAAAACGGAAAUCUUUCAACCGCGAUUAGAGUUUUCAAGAUGACGCAAGGGAAAAAGCUCUGGCGCGAUAAAAUCAGUGAUUUUCCGCCUACUUCGUUCUAUGGUAGGGUUCAAGAUUUAUUGGAGCGUUAGAGCGGGAAGGAUAAGGACUUGAACGUCGAAAUUUUUUUCCGUGAUAUUUUAUUUUUAAUUCGCAAUUAUUUUCAAAUUUCAUUUGGUUUCAUUCCAAAAGAAAACAAGACACGUCAAAAAGUAAUUGAAAUCGAUCUUAGAUGUUACAAAAUCUUGGAAUUAACUCAAAGUUAUAGCAAGAAUUUUCAGUAUAAAAGAUACAUAGUGUAAUGCUGAUAAAGUUCGGGAGCUUACAUGGCUAAUUAAAUAUCACUACAGGAAUAAGCUUCUUAGUUUUUCGUUGUUCACCGAAGGAACAUUUCGAGAAACAGAUGUGGCGUAAAACUAAACUGUAAACAUAAAACUGAUUUAAGGAAAGACUAGAAUUAACACACGGCAACCUAUUAAUCCAUAGUUAUUAUAAAUAUUAUAAAUAAAUCAUACGUAAGCAACCCUCAGUCGCUCGAACAAGUUAUAAAUAAAACUAACAAAAACAGAACUAUUUUAUUCCGGGUAAAAUAAGUUUUUGCUACAGUCACGACAAGCGUGCAUCCUCGGUAAAAAUGAUAUUAGAGUAUGAAAAUGCGUGCAAAUGAAAUGAAUACUCAGGGAGUCUCUCUUGGCUUCAGAUUUAUUUUUACACAACACGUGAGACGAACUCGCCGUAAAAAUACACUGGUGCGUUUCGGUAUAAGCAAAACUUUUUUUUCAUUGCUUUCGAAGCAACAAACAACGUAUACUUGCUGGGACGAAAGUCGGUAUCCUCAGCGUCAUACAUAUAUAUUAACAAGCAGAGUGUAUAGUCAUUUCAUAUCUGAUACAUGUAGAAAAGAAAGUCGAGAAGAGCAAAAAAACAUCGAUAUUUUUCUAAAAGUCGAAGAAGAGAGUGAGAUAAAGGAUUCGGACUUUUGUACAAGCAAACAGAUAUGCAUGUAUAUGAGUGCUCGUCGCAAGCGAUCGUGACCAGUAGUGUACAAAAUGCGAAGAUGAAUAAAAGCAGCAGAAAAAAGAAUCAAGAUUAAACAUAGAUAAAAUAUCAUGCCGUAAUUUGUGACCGCGGCGUUGUACAGAAAAUCAGCGCCAUGACGUGUGCACCCCGUUGAAAUUUAUGACAAUAGUAAUGUUAACACACACACCUAAUAGUUACUUGUUUUUUUUCCGUUGCUGUUGACUAUCGAAAAGGUCUUGAAGGGGGGACGAUCUCUCUUUUGCCUUUUGCUUUUUUUUACCGAGAUACAUCUGAAACGAAACGACUCACGUCGGUGAUUCAUGAUAACAGGGUACGUUUUUUUUUUGCGCGCGAAACGAAAAAAAAAAUAAUGUAUCAAUUCAUCACCUUAAAUCGCCGAAAUUAAUUAAAUCGGCCGAAAAAAUAUAUACAAUUCACAUUCAUCGAAGCAAAAAAUAAAGAAAAGAAAAUGCCAAAACGCGUGCGCGCAGCUUUCCAACGAUCUCAAUAUUUCUUGUAUAGAAGAACGCGAUAUUGCAAAAACAGUCAACCAAACCUAACAUGCAAAUACGCAAGCUAGAUAAAUGUAUAACAAUUUCCAAACGAAAAGUCUUAUGAUACGGUGGAAAAGGUCAGUCAAAUACAAAAUUCGUGUUAGAAGCUCGCUCAACAUCCUUAUCUCUCUCUGGAUAUCCUACGAGGAAUAUCCAGCAGCACAGUCGACUUACAUAUAUUCGAUUGACAGAAAAUACAUAUCUCUCGAGCUUUGGAACACACAUUGCUAAAACAAAGACUUUGCUUUCAUUUCUCACGUAUUUACCCGGCCAUUCGUAUCGAACGCUAUCCGGGACCAAAAGAAAAAACAAGUCAAACAGCUACACACCUUUUUGCUUUUGUAAAUUCAAAUUAGAUCUGUUUUCAUCGAAAUUCUACAGCUUUAUCAACUCUAAUAUUUAAUCCACAUUGGAGCCAAAUUUGAGACUGAAAUUUAAACACUUUGUACUAAACGUUGACACGCAUAUAAGCGAUGUAAGGUAGUUCGCUCACACGGUUUUAUAAAAAACCGAGAGAGCUGUAUGGGCUUUGUUAAAAUCACAAACAAGAUCUUUGGU